AUGUUUGGCUUGCUUGAACGCGACAGGCUCGAUGAAUCCUCCACGGACGCUGGGCUGGAGACAGCGGAAAAGGCGGACGAGACGGCGAGAGAGGCCGAGAGAGCGAAGGUGACGGCGACGGCGAGGGCGAGGGUGAAGGUGAAGGUGAAGCUGGAGGUCGUGAGGGCGUCAAAAAAGGAAGAAGAAGAAGAAGAAGAAAAGAAGAAAAGUCGAAGGUUUUUUUUUUUUCUUUCCCAAAGUGGGAAGAAGCGAAAAAAAGGGAGUGGUACGUGCGUGCUUAGUCAGCAGUUAAAAGACGAAGAAAAAAGCAGAGAAAGAAGACGGCGAGGAGGAUAA